AUGCUAGCCAACUUGCUUCUUCAGUCGCUUAUAGUCUAUGCCAUCGCAGGCCAUGCUGCUGUCAUGCACGAAUUCAAGACCUCAAAACCAUGGACCAAAUUAGGACUUAACUCCAGCUCAACACCAUCUUCCUCAAUCAGAGACCCAUCAACUCUCAAGUAUCCGACAAAAUCACCUUUGAGCCUCUUACCGCCUGCAGUCACACCCUUCCUCUCACCCGAGAACUCAGGCAAUCCUGGGCCACAAACCCAACUGCCGGACUCGAGAAGCUCGUAUUCCGCGCCGAUUCGGCCUCGAGAAGAUGAGACACCCCUCGAUCUCUUCCCAAUCGACUGCAACAACCCUUCCUACAAAGAGUACAAGCGCCACCGAGAUGUGCACCACGACGGCGUCGACAAGGGCGUAGAACGAUUCUGCGACUCAGGCCUUGCACACGAUACCAUCACUAUCGUAGAAGAUGUCCAAGAUCACCCCCUUCAUGCCUGGCGAUGGCGCUACAAGGAUAAAUACGGGGUUUACCUGGACUUCAAGGUCAACUGGAAGGUCGGGUGCCGCACCUCCCAAGGUUUCCAAGAUACCCAGCGGCCACUUGGUACCGAUGGACCGUCUUGUGAUGAUAUCAUGUUAGCUAAUUGGAAGCAUUGUCUUCGCCGCAAGUGA